CGCUAAAAUUUAAAAAAAAAAAAUGAAAGAUCUGUAAUGAGCUCCUGAGAAGCCCAUCUGGAAGUGGACUGGAGCUCAAGUCUACCUCUUUGGGCUCACGGGCUGGGCUCUCUAAGUGGGCUACAGUAGACACAAGUGGAAAACCCAAACCCGAAAGCCUAUCAUCUAACACUGUUCUCUACAUUCCAUUCCACCUCUCUCCUCCACAGCUCCUAAAAAGAAAGAGAGAGAAAGGAAUACUUCCUUCCACACAGCUCCUCAAAAGAAAGAAAAAGGCAAGGAACACUUUCUUCUCACCAAACUUGGAGCUGGUUAUCCUCUCACUCCUCUCCCCAAACCCUAGUCCAUCGACGCACUCUGAGUAAUCCCCUCCAGAUUCAGCCAUGGUCAUUUAUCCAGCUCUCACCCACUUAAAGUUUCUAACUUUACUGUUCUUCCACUUCAAUCUGCUUCUUGCAGACCCAACUUCCACCUUUUCCUUCACAAAUUUCGACCAAAAUCCAAACUUUACCGCAACCAUAGCCCUCUACGGCGACGCCAAGGUCGUUAGCACUGAUGGGUCUUUUCCUACCAAUUCCUCGGCCAUUCAGCUGACCCAUUCAGUCAGUUCCAGCGGUGGGCGAGUCAUGUACAACAAACCCAUCAAGCUCGUCGCCAACGGCAGCGAUUCCUCCGCGUCUUCUUUCUCAACUUACUUCUCAUUUCUGAUUUCCCCAGAUAACACAGGAGACGGGUUGGCUUUCGUAAUGGUCCCGGCCGAGUUCGAUGCCACUCUCUUCCUCAGCAAUGCUCCAUUCGGGCUUUCUCUCAGAUCAGGUCUGAAAUCUUCCAGAAGCUUCGUUGCCGUUGAAUACGGCUCCUCUAAAGACCCCAGGUACAGCGAUUUGAGCGACGACCAUGUGGGAAUCGAUGUGGGCGAGUUCGUUUCGGUCAAAGUGAGGAAUGUUUCGUCGGUCAACGCAUUGUUGAGCAGUGGGAAGAGAUUGCAUUCCUGGGUGGAUUAUGAGGCAGGGUCAAAGAGAUUGGAAGUCAGGUUGAGUCAAUUUGGGGGAGAGAAACCGGUUGACCCUCUUCUCUCCUAUCCAAUUGACUUGACCAGGAUGUGGAAUAAUGACCAGGAAGUCCGUGUAGGGUUGACCUCUUCCAAUGGGAAUUCCUCCCAGUCUUGUUUUCUCUACUCCUGGAGCUUUCAGCUGAGGCAUUUCCCGCACUGGAUGCAUUCUCAGCCGUUGGAUCCAAAGGUUUUGGUUUCGGAUCUGAAACAUGUUGAUGGUGACAACAGGAGGGACUACUGUGUUGUGAGAGUAAUUGCUGCUUUGUUUUUGGGAGUUGGGUGUGGAGCUUUGGGUGCAUUCAUGGCGCUGCAAGUUUGUGGCUUGUUCGGGAAGACGAGGGGUGGUGGGGUGAGAGAGGAGGGUUCUAAUUCUUCUUCUGCUGUUGUGCAUCCAAUGGAGUUUGAGUUUGGGUAUGAGAAAGUGAAAGUGAUGGUUGUGGAUGAUAAAGCUAUCGAAGAUGUUACCAAGCAGUAAGUAGUAUGUGUAGGUUAAUUUGGGGUGGGGGUGGUUGUGGGAUUUUGAUUUUGUGGUCUGUAAAUUCAAUGCCGUUUUCUCUAAUUAUGUAACUUUGCUGUGUUUAGAGUUUCUACUUGUGGGUUUGUGUUCUUUGUGCUCUGCAACUUAUGAUGAUGAUGAUGAUUGUGAAUCAAUUGUUCAAAUGUGUAGCCUUUUCCGUAGCAUUCAUUUCUUUCUAAUGAUGGCUAGAGCCUAGAAUUAUAUCAUACUUUAAACUUUUCUACUGUCUGUUCAUGGAACAUAUAUAGCUGGUUCUCCUCACCUGUUUUUGGUUUGCAGUCAUUCAUGUUAUUGCUGCUCUCAGCUUGACACUGUCACAGUGUAUGAGUGGAGCGAGUAGUAAUAUCAACAACCACGCAUUCUCAUCUGCAGUUUCCACAAAGCCGGUAAAUAGUCAAGAGAAUGUAGAAGCAUCAUUCGAUCUGGGUAUUCCUAGAAACAACAGAGUUCUUAUUUGCUGAACUGAACUGGUUCCCUGCUUCAAAGGAGUGACAGCAAAUGGAACUCUCCAGUUUGAUUAAUCAUUCAAGAAAAGCAAACCGAACUUCCGGACUCAACAAAAUUAUCAGCUUUCACAGGGAAAGUGACCUGAAGUAGACAGACAGUGAGUCCGUGAGGCUGGCUUCCUUGGUGUAAUGGCUUUCCAUGAGGACCUGACUAGAGCAGAUCGGGUCCAUGCUGAAUUUGUACAAGCACCUCAUCAAACGAACAGCAAACAGGAAUCAUACCACAAACAUAUGGACAACUUGAACUAAAAACUGGUUUUUUCACUCGACUGGUUUUAGUCCUCCAAAUAACAUGCGAAUUUGCAC